AUUUUCCACAUUUCAAAUUGCAGGAGCAUAUGGCCACCCAUACCGGAGAAGAUUUAUAUACCUGUAGUUUUUGUCCACAAACCUUCAAAUCUAAUGCCAAUAUGUAUUCUCAUCGAAGGAAGAAACACGCUAAGGAGUGGGCCGAACAGUGCGCGUUGAAGAAAAGCUUAGCGGUACCUUUAAAACAAACUGUCGCAACAGACUAAGAUAACAAAUUUGGUGAAAAAAUGUUUUAGUGGGUUGUUACAGGAAAUGUGAAAGCGUCAAAAUAUUUAAAUAUUAUUUUAUCUAAAUGUUGUGAUUUAGAAGCAUUAAUUUGUUGCUUUUUUCAAAAAAAAUGGUAAAGCACAGCAAAUAAAUUAAAUGGUAUUUAACCUAAACCACUUACUUUGAGGGGCUGAGAUUAAAGAGAUAUUUUAUACUUUCGCAACAUGUUGCAACAGAGUUCUUGCUGUUGCGGCAGAAAACAACCUUAUGUAGUUUUAAGGAAUGAUGACGAAUUGACAGUUCUUGGCCGGAUAAAAAUCCAGGUCCGUUCAGAUUACUUAGGCCCGACUGUAUACCAAAAAUAGACCUUAUUUAUUUCAAUUCAACUGAGUGGAAUGGAAAACUGUAAUAGGGGUAUAAACAUAGGUCUAUGUAGCAAAUAGAAUAGGUAAUUAAACAAUUUUAUACAGUAAGUAAAAAACAAAAUACUCUUCGUUGUUUUCGACACAAAUAUUUGGUAUAUGUAAAAAAUAUAAAACAAAUUUCCAAAUAAAGAGAUUUGCGAACGGCUCAAGAUAAAAAUAAAAGUUUCCCAAAUUAUUUAUCGAUAAAAUCAUAUAGAUAUUUCUUAAAUUGUGAUAUGCCCUUCAAAACUAAAGCGAAAUGUUGACAACUCUCGUUUUUUACAUGUUUUGCCAAUCAACGUUCGUUAUUUUAAUUGGAAAUUAGCAUGAAAAGUAAAUCCACAGAACUAAAAUUAUAAUAAAGUAGUAUAAAAUAUGAAUUGUCAAGCAAAGCGAGGAAAGUUGAAUGUGAAUGGGCCAUAAUUUUGAGACGUCACACUAGAAACAGUUUGGCAACCCUAUAUAACUGAUUGUUGGAUUGUUUUCAGAUAUUUAUCCCUGGUUUUAUUUAUAUUUAAUAGCCAUUGUUAGAGAUAAUAUUUAUUGUAGUAAGAUAUUAAAAUGUUUAAUGAAACAUGUUGUUUACUUUGCUUAGAAAGUUCAAAGGAUCAAAUAGAUUUGGACUCCAAAGAAGGUAUCGAUUUGAAUGGACGAGAAGUGAUUGAAUUGCAUUUUAAGGAGGAGCUGGAUUUGAUGUCUCAAUUUGAAAUGAAAAUCAUUUGUCGAAAGUGUUGGAACUUAGUAGAAACAUUUCAUAAAUUUUAUAAAAAUGUGAAGCAACUGCACAAUGACGCAGUGUACUCUUUGAAAAGCGUGACUUUCGAAGCGGAUAGCUUAGAAAUAAAAGAAGAGAUCAUGUCUAAUGAUGACACACAAGUUGAACCACUUACGGAAUAUGAAAUUAAAGUUGAAGAAUGUAUAUUACCAUCUGAGAUUGUUUCUGAAGCAUUAGUGGUUACAGAUGAGACUUUACUUGAAGAAAGCAUUCAGAACUCUAUAUCAUCAUACGCUUAUAGUUUAGACUUAGAAGAAUUAAAGAGGGAGAAUGAAGAAGAUAAACACUCAAAAAUAAAGUCUCAUAAAAUACAUAAAAGAAAAGGCGUUAAUAAAAAAACGGAGGAAUUAGAUGAAUAUAUUGCAAAGAAAAAUUUUAAAUUUACGUGUUGUAUUUGUAAAAGUCCAUUAGAAAACUUUACACAUUUGAAAAGCCAUUUCCAUGUAGCGCAUCAAACAAGUGGUUAUGUGCUUUGUUGUGGUAAAAAAUUACAUCAACGCGGUUUAUUAAUUGAUCAUAUUAAUUUUCAUGAAGAUCCCGACUAUUUCAAAUGUAAACAUUGCGGAAAGCGAAUGACGGAACGACGUAGCAUCGAUCUUCAUCUUCAGUAUGCGCAUGGCGAUCGGGAACGUGUAUCUUAUUUGAAACAGCAUUAUAAUAUUCAUGUUGCAGAAGAUCAAAAAACAGAAGUGUACUUAGAAUCUGGUAAAACAGAAGAACAACUUAAAGAGCUAAGAAGAAGAAGAAAUCGUGAACGCCAAAGGGCAUAUUACCACCGUCAGAAAGAAUUGAAGAAAAAUGAAAAAAAAAAAAUAAAAAUAAAAAAGGAAACAGUACCAAAAUCAAAUGCUGAACGUCAAAGACAAUUUCGUCAACGAAAAGAGAAAAAUUGGACAGUAAUGAAAAUAAUGUCGUGCAAUGUAGUGCUGUUGAAAAUAGAUAUUAAAAUGUUUAAUGAGACAUGUUGUUUACUAUGCUUAGAAAGUUCAAAGGAUCAAAUAGAUUUGGACUCCAAAGAAGGUAUCGAUUUGCAUGGACGAGAAGUAAUUGAAUUGCAUUUUAAGGAGGAGCUGGAUAUGAUGUCUCAAUUCAAAAUGAAAAUCAUUUGUCUAAAGUGUUGGAACUUAGUCGAAACAUUUCAUAAAUUUUAUAAAAAUGUGAAGCAAGUGCACAAGGAUGCAGUGUACUCUUUGAAAAGCGUAACUUUUGAAACGGAUAGCUUAGAAAUUAAAGAAGAAAUCAUAUCUAAUGACGACACACACGUGGAACGACUUACGGAAUAUGAAACUAAAGUUGAAGAAAGUAUGUUACCAGCGUCAAAUAGUCUCAACGAUGUAGGUAAUUCAUCAGAGAUUGUUUCUAAAGCAUUAGAUGUUACGGAUGAGACUUUACUCGAAGAAUGCAUUGAGAAUUCUAUAUCAUCAUACGAUUAUAGUUCAGACUCAGAAGAAUUAAAGAGUGGAAAUGAAGAAGAUAAACGCUCAAAAAGAAAGUCUCAUAAAAUAAAUAAAAGAAAAAGCGUUAAUAAAAAAACGGAGGAAUUAGAUGAAUAUAUUGCAAAGAAAAAUUUUAAAUUUACUUGUUGCAUAUGCCAAAUUUCAUUGGAAAACUUCACACAUUUGAAAAGCCAUUUCCGUGGAUCGCAUCAAACAAGUGGUUAUGUGCUAUGUUGUGGUAAAAAAUUACGUCAACGCGGUUUAUUAAUUGAUCAUAUUAAUUUUCAUGAAGAUCCUGACUAUUUCAAAUGCAAGCAUUGCGGUAAGCGAAUGAAGGAGCGACGUAGCAUCGAUCUUCAUCUUCAGUAUGCGCAUGGCAAUCGGGAACGUGUACAUCGUUGUUCAAUUUGUUCCAAGGGAUUCUUCCGUGCAUCUUGUUUGAAACAGCAUUAUAAUAUUCACGUUACAGAAGAUCAAAAAACAGUACUGUGCUUAGAAUGUGGUAAAACUUUCCCAGACGACGUUGAAUUAGGAAAACACAUGCGUAUAACGCAUUUGAAUGCUUAUGCAAAAAUAUGUGACAUUUGUGGUGUAUCGAUGAAGGGGCGUGAUGCUCUAGAACGGCAUCAGGCUGAGCAUGCUGGUGUGUCCCGAAAACUACUCAAGUGUGAUCUAUGUGAUACUACGCUCACAACAAAACAUGGCUUGGUACGUCAUAUGAAAACAAGGCAUACGGAAGAGUAUCAAACGCCACAAGUCUGCCCAAUGUGUUCUAAAGUGUC